GUAAAGAUAAGUGACUUGUUUUAACAUAUAAAUUUAUCUUUUCCUCAUUCCUGGAUUGUUUUUUCCUAUAAUUAUCUUGCUUUUUUCAGGUUGCAACAAUGUCAGAUGACAAUUAUGCGCCAUCAUUCAUGCCACAAAAGGCAGAGGCAAAGCCAAAAUGCAAGAUUUCAGCCUCACGCAAGUUAUCACUCAAGAUUCUCCUCCUCACUCGCGCGAUGGAGGAGCUGGAGGCAGAGAAGGCUGCAUGUGAGGAGGAGAAGGUGCGCUACCUGGGCGACAAGCUUCCGCCUCUGCAGCUGAACGGUUUAAACAUGGAGGAGCUGCAGAACAUCGUGAAGCAGAUGCACUCAAAGAUUGAAACCGUAGACGAGGAGCGGUACGACUGUGAGGCCAAAGUCAUCAAGAAUUACAGAGAUAUCAAUGAGCUGAAACUAAAGGUGCAGGAUCUUGGCGGAAAGUUUAAGAAACCCGCUCUGAGGAAGGUGAGAGUGUCGGCAGAUGAGAUGAUGAGAGCUUUGUUUGGAUCGAGAAGUAAGGAGUCCAUGGACCUGAGGGCCAACCUCAAGUCUGUCAAGAAAGAGGACAUCAAACAAGAGAAGGAACUGAACAUGGAGGUGGGUGACUGGCGUAAGAACGUGGAGGCCAUGUCUGGUAUGGAGGGCAGGAAGAAGAUGUUCGAUGCAUGAAAAGAAACGCCACACUACGCUCUCACAGAAUAUUGUUAAAAAAAAACUUAUGUAAAAUUUUAAUAUGGUUUUUAUUCUACAAUUGAUUAAAUGAUGUUAGUUUGUAUUGGAAAA